AUGUUCCCAAUGAAAUGGCUAUCUCAGGGGUCUUCCGCGACGAAUCACCCCUCCAAAUCACCGUAUGGGCAUGCAGUCUUGACACACGAGACUCCUCAAGUGCAUGCUCACCAUUCUACCACAAAUCAUCUCCAGAAAUCGCACCAUCACUCAGGCGACACCCACUACCCCCUCCCUCGGGACCACUCCAUCUCACCAUCAUCCCCUUCGCGGCCUCUACCGUCCCAACAAACCCACUCACCCAAUCUCCUUCAGAAGCCACGAAAGCCUAUCGAGGCGCACAUUCACGACUCGCCACGUCCGGCCUACCUCCAGGAAUCCGACUAUUCGGCAUCUCAAUCUUCCCUGGGCCUCGAUUUCUCUGCCUCUUGUUCACCGUAUCGUCACAUAUCGGAUAAGAAGUAUCGACUCAUUCCAUCCUCGCCACGUGGCGCUGGUAGUGCAACCUGGCUUACGACUCCCCUCAACGUGCCUUAUGGAACGGACAUACCACUCGUAACGACACCAAUACCGCCCAACUUACUUCGGACACGGAGUCCAAGCACAGGUUCCCUUCAAUCUCCCGCUAAAGCCGCCUCACGCCUACAUGCGACGCAUGCGACCCCUUCACCUACUGGUCACCGUCAUCGUUUACGCUCUAACUCUACACCACAUGUGAAUUUCUCACCAUUUAUUGCCCCAGUUGUCAUACAUACCCCUCCUACGACGCCACCAUAUCUGACUCCAAAAGUCGCUGUUCUAGACGAGUUGCCGGACGAGCAACAGCGGCAAGAGCAGCAUCAAGGAAGCGAUCUAUACUGCUUCCCUUCAAAAGAGUUAGAUAUGACGCGCAUCCCUGUACCCACAGAAGGACGGACGUAUAUCGUAGGCUCAUAUCCUACAAAUUCUCCUCUUUCAGAACAUAGACGUUUGACUGCGAUCCCGAAUCCAGUUCGAGGAAGGACAGUAUCACACCCACCUUUGAACUCGCCCCGCUACUAUAUUCCGCUGCCGCCGACUCCUCCAAAUCGUCAUCACAGCCUCCACAAACAAGGAUGGCAGUGGUCCACAGCACAGGCAGCUACUCAUGCGCGUCCACCAGGGUACUUUAAUCGACGUGGAGACGAGUUCCUAGGAAGAGGUAUGGUUCGACGUCAGCCGCAUGCGCGGAUGGAAUGGCACUCCAUGUUUGGCGAUUGUCCAGAUCCUGGGCAUGGAUGGAUGAAUGAACAUGGUCACUGGAUCCCCGAGGGUGGUGGAAUUCUCAAGCAUGGAUACUAG